AUGGACCACGGCCUCGGUGCAGGAGCUGUAACAAAAGUCUGGAAUAUCUUGUACCAUCUCGGCGGAAACGGGCCAUGGGUGGAAAAGAUCAUCGAUGUCGUUGACGGAGGUGUUGCUCCGCCGGAGGGAUGCGAGGUGGUGCAGGUUCACAUGAUGUCUAGGCAUGCUGAGCGCUAUCCUACGAAGAAGGCGGGUAGGAAGCAGAAAGCAGUCGUUCAGCGCAUGAAAGACAGUAACAAGACUUUCGAGGGCAAUCUGGCGUUCUUCAAUGAUUGGGAGCUUUUCUGGUCUUCAGACGAUACCCAGCUGGAGCAAUUGACAACUACUGGGCCUUUCGCGGGUAUACUUUCCUCUUUCACCACCGGCAUUCGUCUGCGUACACGUUACCAGCAUCUUCUGGAACAAGCUGAUUUCAAACCUUCCAACAAGCCUACUACAUUCUGGGCCAGCGACUCAAAUCGCGUCAUCGAGACAGCUAAGCACUUCGCCGCAGGCUUCUUCGGCAUCGACUAUACCACUAGCAAUACAGCUACUCUUCGUGUCAUAUCCGAACAUUCUUCGAUUGGUGCAAAUACUCUAACACCCGGACGAACAUGUCUGGCCAACAAGAAAGAUAAAGCAGAAGGUCAACAGAAAGGCUAUCGUCUGAUGCACGAGUACCGGGCCACAUAUAUGCCGCCUAUCCGCGAAAGAUUACUCAACCAGACAGGCAUGAGCUUUGACGACCACGAGAUCUACGCUAUGCAGGAAAUGUGCGGUUUCGAGACGACAGUACGCGGUCGCAGCGACUGGUGUGACGUCUUCACUCGAGACGAGUUCCUCAGCUUUGAAUAUGCACGAGACAUCUUGCAUUAUUAUCGCGCAGGCCCAGGUCAAAAGUAUGCCACGAGUAUGGGGUGGCUGUGGUUGAAUGCUACAACAAACCUGCUGCUUGAGGGCCCGAGCGCUGGCCCAUUGUUCUUCAGCUUGUGA